AAAAAUGGCAAAGGCCUUCAUGAAGGCAGAUGGUUUGCUUGUACCAUUUUAAGUCUCGAAGAGGAUGGCUACAAAGUUACCUUUGAAAACUGGAGCAGUAGGCAUGAUACCGUUCUGCAGGCCGACUGUAUUCGCGCCCGCUCUUCAUCGAUGGCUCAUGGUCGUAAGAGAAAGCGUCUGCCGCUAGUUGUGAACUUUAGCAAGUUGUUUCCAGAAGAUGAAUUGUACGUACAAGUGGACGGUACCAGAAAGCUGGCCAUCGUGAAGAUUAUUGACCCGUUCCUGGAACUGCUGACAGUGGUGAUCGACGGCGAAGAGAAAACAAUCUCAUUCCAAAGUGUCGUUCAGCCUGACGUGUUUGCGACUCCUGUUCUCGCAAAGAAAAAGAAGCAAGUUCCAUUUAGUAAGCAGCCAGCUUCUCCAGCCACACCCGCGCUACCAUCUGCUUGCAUCGCAUUGGACUCCACCGUGCCGCAACAGUUCGUCUCUGUUAUGCGCCUUGAUGGUUUAGAGAUAAGUUGCGGUGACCUGGUGACUUUUUCUGCAACCAGCACAGACCUAGCUUUCCUUGUAGUCGAGAUCUACCAACAUGCCUGCCAGCAGAACCCGCAUGAAAUGUUGAAAGCCCAGAAGUGCGAGAUUUCUGAGAACGCCGUCGUCAAG